GAAAUGGUCUUGCUCCAUAACAAUUUCCAUUGAUCCGUGAGGGCCACCGUAGUGUAAUUGUAUUUACAUAUUUUCCACCUUUGUUCGGUUUAACUUCAGCGCUGGGCAGCUCGCCCGGGUGAACCACCUCCGGUACACAAUGCAGAAGUAGAUGACUGGAUUCCUCCGUUUGUCAUCCUUCAAGGCGCUUGUCUUUUCUUCUAUUUAUUAUCAACAGGUAAGUUAAGUUUCACUUUUUUACUCUCUUUGCUUCAAAUGUUUAUUCUUCUUCUUUUGUUUCUUGAAACCCUCUAUUGUAUAUUUGAGCCCUCAAGAUUUGACAUUGCUAGUGAAUAUUGUUGACGUUGGUUCGUUACCAAGCUAUACCCAAUUGUUGAAAUAUAGUUAUGUCACGCCAUUCAUGUGCUUAGUUUGAUGCUUUUCUUCUUCUCUCCCUCUUGAUUUAGCAGCUAAAGGCUUUGGAAUAUAUUCGUUUCUUGAAUAGGGCAAUGAAUCUUGUUGGAAAGGAAAGAAGUGUAAACAAAUGGUUCAAUUAAUAAAUAAAUCAUGCUUCAAUUAAACCAAACCGGUUCGACCAGACCCGAUGUGAUCGAAGUAUAUGCAUGCUUGGUAUAAAAGCCUCCAAUAGGGUUCACAUUUUCCUGAGUUCUCUGUUCCUAAAUACUAACACAUCACUCUUCUUACCAGUCUUGUUGCAUACUUGCAUUGCAUCGUUAAACACGAGAGAUGAGCUCCCAAAUAUGCAGAUCAGCUACUAGGGCAGCAAGGUCUCUCCUUUCUUCAUCUAAGAACACUCGUUUCUUCUCCGAAGGGAGAGCCAUUGGUGCAGCAACAGUGGUGUAUGCGUCUGGAAAAGUCCCUCAGAAUGCAUCAAACUUUCGGCAAUCGAGGUCUGGCUUCGCCUCUAAGAGCUGGAUGACCGGUCUCCUCGCUCUUCCUACCGCAGCCUUCAUGCUCCAAGAUCAGGAAGUCCAUGCUGCUGAGAUGGAACGCACUUUCAUCGCUAUCAAACCUGAUGGAGUGCAGCGAGGACUGAUAUCAGAAAUUAUUACCCGGUUCGAACGCAAAGGAUUCAAGCUUGUUGGUCUCAAAAUCAUGGUUCCUUCAAAGGGCUUCGCGCAGCAACAUUACCACGGUGCAAAGGAAAGACCUUUCUUCAACGGCUUGUGCAACUUCCUUAGCUCAGGCCCUGUUGUUGCCAUGGUCUGGGAAGGCGAAGGAGUGAUAAGAUACGGACGUAAACUGAUUGGAGCCACUGAUCCUCAAAAAUCUGAACCUGGAACCAUCCGAGGUGAUCUUGCUGUUGUUGUUGGAAGGAACAUAAUCCAUGGAAGUGAUGGAGCAGAGACAGCUAAAGACGAGAUUAGUCUGUGGUUUAAGCCUGAAGAACUCGUUUCUUACACCAGCAAUGCUGAGAAGUGGAUCUACGGCCAGAACUAGAACUAAUCACCCUCUCUUUUUGAGCCGGUAGAUAAAAAAAAAACAAAAUGUCAUCAGAAAAAAAUAAUUACUGUCUGUUAAAUCAUAUGUAAAACAAUAAAAACGAUAAUCACCGUUUUACUGCGUUAAAUUAUGUUCGUUUAUGAACCAAUAAUAUUAUGCCACGUGGAGUUCCGAAACUCUCUGGUACGGACUUGAAAUCCGAUAAGCAAGGCGGUUAAUUUAAUUAAAUCGUGGAAUCCGCCGACCUCGUAUAAAACUCGUAAAAAUAUAACAGUAGCGGACGAGUUGACUCGGUAUCUGUUCAGGAAGAAGACUCUUAAGCUUCAUUCCGUCGUCUUCUUCGUCUCACUGAUUGCUUUCGCUUCUUGCUUUUACUUCAUAGACGAUGGAGACUGAGACACAACUUGUGGCUGAUCGCAUUGCUCUCAACGAAAAGAAAGUUGCCAUGGCUUUAGAUGAUCUCAUCAAGUUGUCAAAGAGAAACACCAAAGGGAACAAGGGCAGAAGUUCAAGGAGACCCAAG